GCCUGCGCUAAACUCGCUCCCAUCCCCACCCCCGCCAUCAUCUGCUCCCACCUCCAUUACAGGGCAGGACAGGCAGCAUUUGCACCGAAAGGAGGGGAUGGGAGGGGAGGAGAGGAGAAGGAAAGGAGAGAGAGAACUAGAUCAGAGCGGCCGAGAGUGCGAGGAAGAGGAGCCGAGGAGACUGCAGAUGUCGACGGCGUCAACAAUGGAGCCGCAUAGGACCUCCUGAGGUGAUCGUCAGCCAGGCGUCGGCUGAGGGUGAAGAUAGGUGGAGCGGGGUGGGGUGGGGGGCUCGGGGGAGGAAGAGGAGGUGAGGAGGAGGAGGAGGAGGUGGUGGUGGGCAGCAGCAGAAUGGGCCUGGAACUCAAACCGCACAAAUUGGAUUAAAGCAGUAUGCUGGAUAAGAGCGAGGUGACAACUCUUGGCCUCCCGUCCACUGCCAGCCAUGGAGGCUCUGACAGCAACAUUAGCGCAGAGGGCGCAGCGGGGUCAGCAUCCAGCGUGGCUGCCGGUGGCAGUGCCGGUGGCAGUGCCGAAGGCAGCGCGGGCGGGGCGGGGUGCGGCGAGCCCCAGAGGACGCGAGCCGCUCUGGAGCACCUUCAGCAGAAGAUCCUGAAGGUGACGGAGCAGAUUCGGGUGGAGCAGGAGGCCCGCGACGACAAUGUGGCCGAAUACUUGAAGCUAGCCCACAAUGCCGAUAAGCAGCAGGCAUCCAGGAUCAAGCAGGUGUUUGAGAAGAAGAACCAAAAGUCGGCACAGACCAUCGCGCACUUGCACAAGAAGCUAGAACACUAUCACAAGAAGCUAAAGGAGAUAGAGCAGAAUGGACCGGCCCGGCAGCCCAAGGAUGUCCUGCGGGACAUGCAGCAAGGACUCAAGGACGUGGGGGCCAACGUCCGUGCUGGGAUAAGCGGUUUCGGAGGAGGCGUAGUGGAAGGGGUGAAAGGUGGCGUUUCGGCCCUGACUCACACCUCCGUGGUCUCCAAGCCCAGAGAGUUUGCUAGUCUCAUCAGGAACAAGUUUGGCAGCGCAGAUAACAUCGCCCAUCUCAAGGAUACUAUGGAGGACGGAGUUGGGGGCCACUCCGACGUCACCCCGACCCCCCGCGCUCUCAGCGGAAGCGCCACUCUGGUGUCCAGUCCAAAGUACGGCAGCGACGACGAGUGCUCCAGCGCCACGUCCGGCUCGGCCCCGGGAAGCAACUCCGGCGGGGCGGGGGGAGGGGGAGGCGGCAUGUUGGGGCCUACGAUAGGGAGUCCCAGGCUGGACGGGCACCACCACCACCAUCAUCAUGUGCACAGCUCUUGGGAUUCCCUCCUCGAGGGCUUGCAGGAGAUCAAAGCCAGCCAGGCGCACAUGGAGGACACCAUCGAGGACAUGAAGGGCCAACUGCAGAGCGACUACUCCUACAUGACACAGUGCCUGCAAGAAGAGAGAUACAGGUAUGAACGAUUAGAAGAGCAGCUGAGUGACCUGACAGAGCUUCAUCAGAAUGAAAUGAGCAAUCUCAAACAAGAACUGGCCAGCAUGGAGGAGAAAGUGGCCUAUCAGUCCUACGAGAGAGCGAGAGACAUUCAGGAGGCAGUGGAAUCGUGCCUGACACGCAUCACCAAGCUGGAGUUGCAGCAGCAGCAGCAACAGGUGGUCCAGCUGGAGGGCGUGGAGAACGCCAACGCCCGCGCUCUGCUGGGCAAGCUCAUCAACGUCAUCCUGGCGCUCAUGGCCGUGCUUCUGGUGUUCGUAUCCACGCUGGCCAACUUCAUUACGCCGCUGAUGAAGACGCGGGCACGGGUGGGCGCCACUGUCCUGCUCACCGUGCUGCUCUUUGUUUUGUGGAAGCACUGGGAUUUUGUGGAGCCUUGGUUUCCACCCAGCUGAGCUGCUCUGAGAGAGAAACCCGAGCAGAUAGUUCACCUGGAAUGUUUUUUUUCAGGCCUGCAACGGAAUGUGAGCUGCUCUUUUUUCCUGACUGACAAAAUGAAGCACCCAUGAAGACGUAAACAAAAUAACAUCUUGCCAAUCGUUGGUGUGGAAAACUUUAUUGAUUUACACUGCUGUCACCAAAAACUUCUUCAUCUUUUUCUAAACAUUCUUUUAGGAUGUACUUAUGAUGAAUUAGCAGGACAGGACUCACGAGGUUGACCUUCAGGUUGAAGCUUAUUUGGGAGGAUAUGUUUUUUUUUUUCCUCAUGAAUGUUUAUAUGCCCAUCAUGCAUGUCUUCAUGUGUGCACUGGCACCAGUUGACAUUUCAAUUAAUGACAAUAUGGAUUUUGCCCUAUGCCAGCUCACUGGACACUUUAUUAGGUACAUCUGCACAAUUGCAUGAGACCUAAUACAAGAUAUAGUAUAUAUAUAUAUAUUUAUACACACACGUGUGUAUUUGAGUUUGCAUUUAUUUUUACUUUACAAAUAAUCCAUCCGAAGUGAGUAAAUUUGAAAUGUUUUCAAUUUCGCGAGUGCAGGUUUAUCUAAUGAAUUGUCCAUUUGUUAAAUCAGUGUCAUCUCGUUUGUUGCUGUGUUGCAGGGAAGCUUUUUGAACACAUUUCUAGCUGCCAUUGAACAAAGCGUUUAACUGCUUAAAAUGUUUCACUGCUCUGUAAACUAUUUUUCCCCUCCAUAGUUGAUAUCUUUCAUAACCACUGUUGUAGAUCUGCUUUCGCCCAGUGUCAAAUGAACUGGCAUGUCAAUUUGUGUCAAUGUUUUUAUCCGGUUUACAAAAAACAAAAUAUCGACAAAUAAAUAUGGCUGUUUUAUUACAAAUUGUGAGGAAUAUACUUUCCCCACCUCGCUGAGACACAGAGGUUUAAUGGGUUUAAGCGAAGCACUCAUGGACAGAAAAGGUUCAAUAAGGGAUGUAAUCUCAGGGGAUUAUUUUCAAUUAAUCCUCUGUCGUCAGAUUGUAUUCUAUCUCAACUAGAUUGUAUUUCUUUGAGGAUUCAAAUCUUUAAAAGUGAAUUAAAGAAUUAGGAACGUGAAUACUCAAUAUAUUCCAGACAUACAGAUGAGAUAUACUACAGUACAUGGAGAUGGUCAAAGUAUUAGUCCUUCUUGGCAGAGGAUAAAGAAUCUAUGCCUGCGAAUAUUCACUGCCACCAUAUAGCAAACCUACAUUUUGUUCUCUUGCAAGACAAACAUUUGCCAGAUGACUGCUCAGUUCUCAAAAAUAUUGUAAGCUAAAUCACUCGUAUCUCAAGACACAGCUGAAUUGUGGCCACUGAGUGUAAUUGACACAGUGAUGAGAAACAUGGCUCAAAUUCACAGGAAAUUGCUUAAUGUUUUUAAUAACUGUCAGGCAAACUCAUAUGACCAUUACAUUGAUGACAUGUAUUCUUACAGCACACAACAGAACUCACCUGACCUCUAAGCAGUAGGACAUUCAUCGUCAUUAAGAUUGUUUUUGACUUAGGGUUGACAAAUGGUUGUUGUGUGGAUUUGACUCGUAUCAAACACAAGUUUCUUUUCGAUUAGCUAGCAAAUUCUAAAGACUUUGAUAGAAACAGCAGAGUAGAAAAAAAAAUUCCUGAUUUGAUCUUAAAUUCCUGUCAAGGUUUAAGAUUUACAAUAUAUUGCUUUCAGGUGCUAAAAAGUAAGGUACCAAAUGUCUCUUGAAAAGAAUAAAAGAAAAACAUUCAUCACUUCUGCAGUGGCUUUUUCCCCUCCCCCCCAUCGCCGGCCUCGUCUACACAAAAACUCAAAGAGGGUUGGGAGCUGCCAUGUAGUAACAAUACAGGAGCAAAAAAA